UCAAAGUGUUUAUUAUUACAUAGAUCUAUCCAUUUUAGUCAGUUAGUCAGUGGUGCAUUCAAAGAAUUUGCCAUGGUUUUCAGUUGUAUUUAUUGUGGUAAUUUUGCCAAUCCUGAUGAAAAGAUUUCUUUACAUCCCUUUCCCAAACGUGAAACACCGCGAUUUUCUGCAUGGAUAAGAUUUUUAGAUAUGGAACCACAUAAAAUUACCAGACAUUCAAGAUUGUGCUCAGCCCAUUUUGAAAAUGAGUGUUUAACCAAGCACAGAGUGAAAACUGUUUUAAAGAAAUCAAGUGUUCCUACAAAAUUGCUCACAUACAAAUUAAGAUGCGUGGUUUGUUUUAAGAAGAGAAACUCACCAGGCAGAUUUCAUAAGUUUCCGUUUGCAAAAGAUGAAUUGUUGAGGAGAUGGCUUUCAUCCAUUCCAGAGUAUUGUGAUAAAAUAACUGAGCCAAGUUUUAUAUGUUCUGAUCAUUUCACUGAAGAUUCCUAUUUUCCGGGGGGCCAAUUGAAACCUUUUGCAGUUCCUACUAUAUUUCCAAUGGUGCACAGAAUUAAAGAAGAAGUUGAAGAACCUUCUCCCGAAUCUCAUAAAUAUAAUGACAAUGAUAUUGACGUAACAACGACAUAUAUUACCAAUUCAGCGCAUGUUGCUUUUGAGCACAAAUAUCACGCUUCGCCACAAUAUUUGAGUGCGCAAGUUUCAACAUUGAGACGGAAAUUACAAAUUGCACGCAGCGAAAAUGCCCUGUUAAAAAAGCAACUUGCGCGUAAUGCAAAGUCAAUGUCGAGAAUGCGUGAUAUUAUUGAAACUCUAGAAAUUGAGGCAAAUUCAAAGUCAAAUGUAUUAAAUACGUUACCAAAGGGUGUUGACGCUUUCACUGCGGAAUUUUUACAACGUUUCUGUGAUAAUGGCAGCAGGGAAAGUAUUACUCAAGACAAAUAUCCAUCCGCCUUGCGUUCAUUUGCAUCAACACUUUACCUCUAUUCUCCAAAAGCUUAUAAUUUUAUCAGGUCAAAAUUGUCUCGUGCGCUACCACAUGAAUCUACCAUUAGAGCGUGGUGUACCACUGCUGAUGGCGAAACUUCUUUUACCGAGGAAAUAAAUAACAUAACAACAUAAAACAGGUUGAAUAAUUUGACUGUUUGACAGCUUGCUCUGAUUGGUCGCGAGCUUUAUAUCCGGUAAUUUUCAUGAUGGCCGACCUCCAUAAGAAUACACGGCUUGUAACCAUGGCAACGGCAAGUUUUCUUCAAAUAAUGCGUUGACCAAUCAGUAAAGAGAAUGUGCAAAGCGGUAACAAGGAGGGUGAUUUUAAAAAUUCAAAAACUCCUACCCGUAACACAUGUGCAUAUAUAGAGUUUAAUUUAAAUUUUGGAAUUAGAAAAGAGAUCUGCGGAAUAAAGACACCCGGCAAACACUUUUUAUAUUAAAGUUUUGUUGUGUAAGUCUGUGGAAAGAAUUUGUGUCCUGUUUUAGAAGGACUAUUUGGCAAUGAAAGCUCCGCCUGUAAAGCUGCAACCACACUUACAUCAAUUCAUAUAUGUUGAAAUCAAUUUACUUUCCGCAAAAAAACCAAAUUCUUAACAACUGUGAUAUAAUUAGUAACGAAAAACUUCGUAUAAAAGAAACACAAGAAUACAAUAUUAAAAUGAGACCAUAUAUUAAAUUAUUGAAGACAGAAUCGUAAGUAAUACAAGAUUAACGAGAUUGUUCAUAAUUAGGAAACAUGAAUACUAAAGCACUUCUUAAAUUCUCA